AGGGGUGCGGGGACCGGGCUUGGGGGCCCAGGCGACCCACCCCACGACUCGGGCUCAAGAGGGGCCCGCCCCGCUCCGGCCCGCCGCCUCCCAGCCAUGCUGCGGUUCAGGUAGAGCCCGCCCGGACGGCUACUGUAGGAGGAGCGCGGAGGGCCGCCUAAGCCGAGCCGGGCGCAGCGCAGCGCCCUCCCGCCUGCCCCGUCGGUCCACCCGCCGGUCCCAUCCCUCGGGUCGGUCUGCCCGAGUCCCCUCGCCCGUAGGGUCCCCGAACCCCCCUGAAAUAUGGUCAGGGGCGCGUGGACGUGGCCCCGGAGAGAUGCCGCUGCGCUCACGCUCUGCUGCUGUUGCCGCCGCUGCUGCUGCUGCUGCUGCUGCCACAGCUGUUCCGGCUGCUGCUGCUGCUGUUGUGGCUGCGGCUGCUGCUGCUGGGCUACCCGGCCCCCUCGGGGGGCCACGAGCAGCGAUAAGCCAUGGGCUGACUCAGAGAGGGCGCAGCGAUGGCGCCUGUCACUGGCUUCGCUGCUUUUCUUUACGGUGCUGCUCUCUGACCGUCUGUGGCUGUGCGCGGGCGGCCGCCUGCGGGCCAAGGAGAGGAGUGGGGCAAUGAGGCCGCCCUGGGGGGCCGCCGGCCCGGAGCCCCAGCCCCGGUCCGAGGCCGAGCCGCCCCACGCCAUGCUGCUGCUGCUGCCGCCGCCCCCGCCCCCGCCGCCCCCGGGGGGCGGCUGCGGGGCUCUCCUGGGCAACCUGACCCCGGCCGCGGCGGCCCCCCCGCCGGGAUGUGGCAGCGGCUUCGACGGGGGCGGCGGCCGCGGCCGGAGCGGCGGCCGGAGCAGCAACCCCGACGGGGGCGGCGGUAGCCGCGGCGGCGGCGGCGGCCGGGCGGGCGGCAUCGACGGGGCCGGUCGCAGCGGCCGCAGUAGCGGCCGCUGGGGCGACAGAGGCGGCAGGAGCCCCUCCGGGCCCGAAGCAGCCUGCCUGGAGCCUCAGGCUCUGCAGAGACUCGUGGGCGCCGCGCCCCCGAGGCCCCUCAUGGCGCCUUUGCCCCCCUCGGGCCGGCCCCCAGCUUCCCAGACGAACUUGCUGCAAGGCCACUUUCGGAACUACAGCCUGGCCUUUUGUGACUCGUACUCGGUAGCGGACCUGCUGCUGGGCAUGGCCCACCAGGACAGCCUGGACUGCAGCCUGGACGCCCUGCUGGCGGAUCUGCUGGCCACCGGCCCGGGGGCCUGGGAGGCGUGCUUGAGCUGCGCCCAGCUGUACCAGCGACUGGACGAACACGCUCAGGAAAAAUACGAGGAGUUUGACUGCUUGCUGCAGAAAUACUUGCAAGCCGAGGAGUAUUCCGUCCGGUCCUGCAUAGGAGACUGUAAGGCUGUCUACAAGGCCUGGCUGUGCUCUGAGUACUUCAGUGUGACUCAACAGAACUGCCAUCCCCGGGUGCCAUGCAAGCAAUACUGCCUGGAGGUGCAGACCAAAUGCCCCUUUAUGCUCCCCGACAAUGAUGAGCUGAUCUAUGGAGGGCUCCCCGGCUUCAUCUGUCCAGGGGUGACGGAGAGCCCGCAGGGCCCAGAGGAGGCCGAGUGCUGUGAGGUGAACUUGAAGCCCUGUGCCUCUCUGGGGGCCAGCAAGGGCUCCUCCUGGGGGGGGCAAAUGUUCCCCGACUCCUCCCAGUACCAGCUGCCCCUCUCCCACCACCAUCUGCUGGCUCCCUCAGCAUACAGGCCUUCCUCGCCACUGCUGCCUGUCUCGGGGGGCUCCUGCCUCAGCCCCAGCAGGAUCCGCCUCUGCAUCCUUGUGCUCAUGCUGCUGCACACCGUGGCCACCUUCUCCGGCAGCCAGAGGGCGGGCGACCUGGGCCUAGAGGUGCUGCCCGCCCUGGAAGAGGCCGUAUCCGGAGAAGAAUGACCUCCAUGGAGGGAGGGAGGGAGAAGAACCUGCCCGGGGCCCUCCUCCCAGGGGAGGCAGGGGGACGCCCAGCCCCCUCAGCCUGCCCCGAGCCCAAUGGGGAGGGGGGGCUCUGUCGGGAGGAGGCAGCGGGGAGCAGCAGCCAGCACCCUCCCCGGAGCCUAAGCCAAAAAGAGGGGAACAGAGCUGGCUGCUCCCCAAGCCUCCUUCCAGGGCCUGCAGCCAGCCCUUCCCCUACUGGGUUUCUGUUCCCAGGAAACCCUUUUUUCCUGCAUCGCCAACCCCCCGGCCCGCACUCCCCGGAGUUAGCUGGCAACGCCUGGCACCCUCCUUCCAGAGUGAGGGCUCCAACAGCUUCUCUAGCUCAACUGCACCCUGCUGCCCCAGCCGAAGAGGGACAAGGGGCAAAGUUCCUGUAGGAGCGAGUCUGGGAGAAGAGUGAGGGAGAGAUGGGGCAGUAGGAACAGGGCCAUGGCAGAUACAGGGUUGGGGGAGGAGACCCUUUGAUGUGGGGAAGAGGCUAGGAACAGUUGGAAUUCAUGGUGCCUGGGAGGCUGGCCUGCCCGCAUGUGGGGGGGUCUCUGUCCCCCUCCCAGCAGCAUUGAAACCAGCACCAGCUCAAACCUGAGAUACUGGGGGGGAGUUGUAUGGCUGUAAGGCAACAGCUGCCUGAACCCCUUCCCCCCCGGUCUCUCUCUUCUUCCCCAGAGAGCUCCAAGACUUAGCCAGGCGUUUCCCACUCAGCUCUCCAUCGGAGGGCAGACCCGGGGCCCACACAAGCUAGCCCUCUCGAGCUCCAUCCCAGUCUUCAGUGGAGGGGAGGCCUGGCACUACCACUGACACCUAAGACCUGCCCGGGAGGGCCUCCCACCUGACCUACCAAAGACCAGAUUCAAUAGGGCUUUGUGCCAACUGCCAACUCAAGGGGCACAUGAGGGCCAGCGGAAGGUGGCCAGGAGAGCAGUAGUGAAGGAGGAAGGAGGCCCAGGAGGCUGGGCUCGAGGUUGGGGUGACUCCAGCUGCCUUCAGAGCCGGGGUUCAGUUCUCAGCCAGUGAAGGCCUCUCACACCCAGUCCCCCUCAGAGCUGAUAUUGGGAGCCAUUGGUCGGGGGCCUGGGAACUGCAGAAGGAUUGUGGGUAAGGGGGCCUGUGAACUAAAGUCUAGAGUGGAUAGGAGUGAAGGAAGUCUGGGAUUGGAUUCAGCUAACAGGCUGAGGGAGGCUUGGGUGUGCAAGGGUGACCUGGAAAGCCCAGCAUUGGAGCCCCAACAGACUCCUAGUGAAGCCCCGCCUGGGUCCUUGCUCUAGGUCCUUCAUUUCUCAUCAACAGUGCUGCCCCUCCCCCACCACCCAACAGGCUCCACCAUCCUGUAGCUCAGCCCUGGCUCAGUCAGCCCUGGGCACUCUCUGCCACCAGGCUCUCAGAGAUGCUUUUCUCAACUGAGAGAGAAUGGAGUGGGGCUCCGGGACACAGGAGGCCCUCCCAAGUGCCCUCUGCAGGCAGACUCCAGGGCAACAGGCUUGUGGAAACCAACAGCACCUCCUCCCCCACCCCAAGUGCCCAGGAGAUGCCCAGCUCAGACUAGCCUAGGUCCUUGUCCAUUGUGGGGUGGGGGUGGCCAGGAGGCACCAAAGUCAACCUUGAUGUCACCCUUUGUACUUGCCCCCUCCUUUGUGAGCUGCCCUCCCUCCCCCCUUUCCCCAGCUUAUUCCCUCGAACCCAAGCUGGCCAGACUCCAACGCCAUUUUCUACACUGUGCUUCAUGAGUAGGACUUUUUUGCACUAGUCCCUAUGAUAUUCAUUUUCUGUGCCAGUUAAGAAGAGCUACCCCCGCCCGCUGCCUGCCCGCUGCCCUCUACCCUCUGCCCUCCUGCUAAAAUUCAGUUGUCUCCUCACUCUUAUAUCGUGACUCUGUGUUCAGUCUGUGUGUGUAUGUGUGUGUGUG